AUGAAAAUGAUCACUCCAGACGCAAGAAAUGCUCGAACUCAGAGUUCCCGCCGACAACGUCCGCGCAAGACAUAUUUGGAACAGCGAGCCCGGAUGUACUACCAGGCUACCCACCCCGCUCUGGUCGGACCUCGUCAUCCACACGCGCCCCCAGCCCGUCACCCAAGAACUCUGACCAUAAUCAUCCGCGGAGCCCUCCCCGUAUUGCGCGGGCUCGGCACACCAGCCAGGCCGACGUUGGGUACACAGGAAAUUCUUCGAAGACCAAGCGUUGAAAAAUAUGUUGAUGAAGAAGAGCGAAAAAAAUGA